GGAUUUAUCUCCUGCCAACACACACAUAGCAUGCCCCAAAUCUCGCACCUUACUCCUCGCUCUUUCAUACUCAUCCACCGAGGUGCAGCUGGAGACCACUUCAGCCCACUCCAGGCUUCUGGGGGCACUUCUCUCGGACAGGCUGUGAAAGCCUUCGAAGUACAGCCAGGCCGUGUCCUCCACCAGCUGCAGCUUGCCGCAAGCAAUAUGUCGCCACAUGCUCCAGCAAAGCCUAGGAUAGCAUCCUUCCCCCAAGCGGGUACGGACAUAAGUAGCCAUCUUUCGCAGAUAGUGCAUGCUGAACUUAGCCGGGGGAGGAUGCUGCAGGGCUCCCACCAGAAACGGGUCGGUCUUCGCCCACAGGUGUACUCUGAAUCUCUCCAUGUUGCGGUUGGCAAUGGAUGGCAAGCAAGUAACUACUGCGUAUUUACUACUCUUACUAUGUACAAAUCACCACAGCAUACUCCGCUUCUGCGUCAAGAGCCGUUAACCGCGGCCAAAACUGGUACUAAGGAAACGAGAUUGUGUGGGCGGAACUGGGCGCUGUGAGUAGUAUUGAAGUCAGGUCCGCCAUCUUAGAAAAGGCAUGUGAACAGAGUGUAUAGCUACUCUAUUCUCUGUCAUCGAAUGCCAAAUAACAGUUGUGCCGAGGCUAAGAAUGCACGAUGGGACAUUACAAUGGGUUUCCAGGAGUGUUACCAUUUAAAGGGAAUUCAUAUCUAUAUAUAAGUGGGACAGUCUUUAUUUAUAAAAUAU